AUAUUCCGGGGGCAUAUAAACGUUGGACAUAUUUUAGGGCUUCACGCAUUAGGGUUUUGCUGAAAUGGAAGAGGAUCCGGCGCCGCGCGUGCUCCUGGCGCACACAUUCGAGCACCAGCAGCUGCGCGAGCACGUAGAUGAGGUCAGAUUCACGGAGGCUGUUCUUGUCAGCGGGUGCGAGGUUUUGGAGUUCCAGCGGCCCUCAGCCUGUUCAAACGUCCCAGUUCUAGGGGAGACUUAUCCAGCGUCGUUUGCUUUGGAGAUAUUUGCUCGAAUAAAAGGAGAAUCGCGUUUCUGGCCAGUUUGUGCUGCAUUCGUCUACGCUUCCUCAGUGUCAUCACUUGAUCUCCAGGUCAUUGUUACGGAUCAUCUGGUUAUACGUGGUAUUUAUUCCACAGUAACGCUCGUGAUCUAUGGAACACCUGUACGAGAUUUGAACCCCACGCCAUUUAUCGACCUUCCUUUUAAGUCCGAGCAUCCAUCUCCAGUGCCAGAAUCUCCAAAGCGGGAUAUCCCGCGACUCGAGCAUUCGUUGCAAACAACAGAGAUUUCCAACCUUGUCCGGAGACUUGUACGGCUUGCUCCUGCAUCGCCAAAAUCUCGUGCUGCUUUAGUCACGGCCGCUCUAUCCUAUCGAAAAAUGGGCAGGAGACUUGACAACUACGACGCGAUUUUGUCAUCCAUGGCUCAAGUUGCUGAAGAAUCGAACAAAGCAGAGAAUGAAACAUCGGUGACUGAAGUGCUCGAUACGGUUUUGACGUGGAUUCGAGAUGGAUUGUAUUCGGGAAAAGAAAGUGAGGUGAAUAAUUUUCUUACGGGCCUCGCCGCUGUGCAGCUGCUAUGUAUCAGUACUCACGAGUGUUUUAACUUUGUUCUCGCGGGUGGGAUUGACGUGUUGAUCAAGGCCUUGCAAAUGGCCUCCACGGUUUCUCCGGUUGCUACAAGUUUGGCAUUGCAAGCUUUGGAGAUUUCGUCUCGUCAUGCAUUUGGCUGCGACGCUGUUCUUGGAUGGGGAAAACGCCAGGGGCAGAAGAUAUGUUAUGCAACCAUAUUAUUGACUCUUGUCCAAGCACUCAGUUCUUCUGUUGUUCACCUGUCCGUGCAAGUUCUUCACCGCCUUCGCGUAUACGAGUUGGCUGCGACUUUUCAGGCAACAAUCGAUUAUCUGCUGACGGAUAAUUCCUCUGACCUGGGAAAACAGGAUGAUCUUUUUAUCGCGGCUGCGAGACUGUUAAAGAAACUUACUAACGUACUCUAUUUAAAAACUGACGUGACAUUCCCAAAGCAUGCAUCUCGGUUUCUUCCCAUGGAGUUUGAAGAUGAUGGUUUUUCUUUAGACAAUCCGAAUGAAAACGUGGAUGAUUACAUUCUGGUUAUCUUACAGGAAAGGCGCUUUAUAUCGUCAAUAGCAGCCUUCAUUACUUUGAACCAUGAUAGAAGCAAGACUUGUAUGAAAAUAUUGACAGGAACCUUGGACACCGUGCAAACUCUUCUUUUAUCUCUUCUCAGUUCUCGGUCCGGAACGUUUCUUCUUUCUUCUGACCCGGAGGCUGCAAGGGCUAUGACAGCUGUUCUCCAGAAGCGAUGUCGUGAUCAGACGCCAGAAGAGUCGAAUAUUUUUUGUUCGAUACAAUCCACAUUAGGAUUGAAGCCAUGGAAUUUCGAGAAGCUCCUUGAGACGAGUUUAUCUACGGUUGACAUUUUCCAGCGUUUGCAGUCAUAUGUCAAUGGAUCUAACGAGUAUUUAUGGUGUUUGUGGAAGUUGUCACUCCUAUCCAGGACACAAAUAGGACGGCGGGCGAUCACGACUAAUUUUCAAGAUACAAAGGCUCUUUCGACUAUGCUUGAAGUUUUGGAUAGUACCACAGCUACGUCUGUUGUGGCAGAAAAGCUCCUUGCAGCAUCUUAUGCAGCAGAAACCCUCUACGUCCUCCUCAGCGAUUCAACUCUUGCCGUAUGGACUGCCUGGGUAAAACAUGCUGCAAAGCUGAAAGAAGUGAUCUCCAAACUGAAGGUUGUGGAGGACGAGCUAUCUGAAACCGGCCUGUUCACUAUCCGGUUACAUCUAGUCGCUGAUGCAGCUCUAAUCUAUCAAGACAAAGGGGCUGUUGGUCUAUUAAAGUUCGCCGCAUUUCUUGCUGGAGAGAAUUCGAAUCUGGAUGGGUUUGACGUGAACACUGUAAUGGUCGAUGAGCACGAUGCCAGCAGUCUGUUGGGCAAAAUGGAUGGAUCUUCCGGGUUUAAUGACUCUACAAUUAUUCAGCUGACAGCUUGCAUGCAAAUCUUAGCAUCCGUCUGCGGAUCCAGUCUCGCAGCUGCUUUAUAUGCAGAAGGGGCUGUCACUGUUGUUAGUGCGCUAUUGGAACGUGCCUCCUUUAUGCUUCAAGAUGACUUUGAGGAUGAUGAUUUGGCAGCGUCUUCGAUACUUACGUCCGUCGUGAAGCUUCUUGUACCUACGCUCUUACUUCUUUCAACAUUGUUUCAGAGGCUUGAGCUUGAGCGACGGCAAUAUCACAAUACGAAGCUUGUGAUGCUACUUCUAAGAUUGCACGCUGCAAUAAGUGGAAAGUCAGUGCUAGUUCCCACUUACUCACGGGAAUCAGGUGGAGUGGAGAUGCGAGCUGUUCUUCGGCUUUUGGCAGCAGUCUUGGCUUUUUGGCCCAUUUUUGGAUGGAACCCGGUGAUCCCGCCACGAAUAUUUCGUUCAUAUGUCACUGGCUCUGACUUGCCAUUGAACCCGGUAGAGACGUGUAGCUCUCUUAUACUUUUGGGAAAUCUACUUCCUUUGGAUGACAACACUGGUAGCUGUUGGGAUUUUUCAGUGGAAGUAACGCUCGGUACAACUGUCAUCCCACAAGUAACCUGGCACACUCAGACACCCUUCAAAGAGGCUUUACUCGAAGCCCUGGCACCGCAUUAUCACUACUUCGCUGAUUUAAUACCACGACUAGCUCUAUCUACAUCUGAGAUUCUUCGUGACUUGCUAAAACAUGUUGUGGUGCGAGUCUCAUGCGUAGACCCCAAACUUUCAGCUGCAAUGUUGCGUCCACUUCUUACAUAUAUAGAAGAACGAACGUCUUCUGCAGCACAUUCGUCACAUGCCGAUGCUCUGCAUGUUUUAUGCUGCAUAGAGUUUGUUACCGAGCUUGCAAACUUUCCUGCCUCAAAGGUCGUACUCCUUCAGGAAGGGAUUUUGAAAAUUCUGUUUCAAGCGCUUCUCAGCUUCUCCUCUUUCAGAACAGACGAAGCCUCAAACUGCAUAAGAUCGUUAUUGACUUGUCUUACGACGAUAUGUGACUCCAAAUCUGUACUGAGUUUUGAGCACUGUCUCUACAUCAUUUCCUCGUUCAAGAGUCUAUUAAAGGACUUACCACUAGAAUAUGACUUUAUAACUCUGAUGCAUGCGUUUUACGAGUUUUCUUCUCACCGGCUAGGAAAGGUCGCUUUUCUUAAACUACAACUGGGUGAAUUAACAGCAAGCUUGGAGAACGAUACCGAUGAUGGCACAAGAAAUAACAUGGCUGAACGACACGAUGAACCGCUAUUGGUGUUAAGCCAAAGACUAACUGCUGCGUUAAAUGUAGAAGGUGCUCAUGACUCGACGCUGCUUGAAAUUGCUCGUGCUUUUUCGGUGGGAGCGUUGAGAUUGACGGCUGCUGGAAAAAGCUCGCUUGGCAUAGGAGCUCUCAACACGUUGUUUGGAAGGCGUACAUCCGAUGAUCAAGUUGCAUUGCUAGCUAUCUCAGAUCUCAUGAGUUGUCUGAGAAGAAAAAGUGGCGAAGGCUCAGGUGACAGUAAAUGUGCUCGACAGGCAGUCCAUGCACUGCAGGUGCUUUCGAGAUUGCUACAGAGGCCUCUUGAGCUGGAAAGUCUUUUGGAGAAAUUGAAGGCUGGAAAGCUGGAAAAACAACUUGAAGUCCACCGAAGCAGCAGUACCGACGAUUUCAUUGCUCGGGGCAUCCCCGCCCAUAGUAUGCUUGAGAAGUUCAGAGAUCGUUUUAGUUGGGAGGUUUCGGCUGAAGUGAUCGGCACAGGCACAACCUUGCGGCCACCAAAGAGGAAGCCUUUUUUGAUGAACGACUUAAGCAAACGGAUUGUGCGCUUGCGCACUUCUACAACCGAAGCUCCUCACUCCGCCCGUGCAGAACACGUUGAAAAGGAAGAGAUUUCCGAAGAUGCACCGUCAGCUUUUGUUCAAGUUGAUGAGGAGCCAGGAGAUCUAGAGACAUCAAACGACGAUGAAGGCAGCGCGACCAUUUUCUCGACCUCCAACGCUUAUGAUGGACAAUCGCCCAACGACUUAUCCACUGGGCCAACGAGUAUAAGCUCCGGUACAGUCCCUCCUCCAAGUUAUCAAGUGUAUUCCCAGGCUCCAUUAUUUGCACCAUCGCCACAGCCACCUUUUCUGCCAACACCGCAGCAACUUUCACAGCAUUUCCAUCUACAACACCAACUUUCGCAAAUCCAGCGGACUCCACAGGAAGGCUACGCUGGCUACCACCGGCAUCAAGGACAACAAGCUGUGCAAACUCAGCCACAGCAUGAAAGCUGGAGUGUCCUUCAACAGAUACUUGCAUCUCCAGAAUCGAUACAGGACUUGUUGAGGGAUCAGACAAGACUUACAAUGCUUCUGGAGCAGCAUCCAAAGCUGUUGUCACUGCUACAGGAAAGAUUUAACUUCUCGGGCUAAUAUUCGGAGGAGAUAUCAAAGAUCAUUUCGGUACUAUUUUAUUCCCACACAUCGGGAUCGUCGGUGUCGUGGGGGCAGGAAACGUUACGUAGAAAUGAAGGCCUUUGUUUUAAAAACAAUUCGGUGGGUGUUUUCCCUUUUCUAUCGAUCUCGUGGCAACUCAAGUUCAACACAGCGAUCAAAGGUGGCCGGGUACAGCACUAUCUUAGGCGAGGAUGUAAAGCAUAUCCUGGCCCAGGGGAACAAAGGUCUGUCUUGUACUUUGUCAGCUUUUAUCAUACCCAUAGUUGUGGAAGCAGGAAUAUCAACCAGGCUUGUAAAAAGUGCCUUGCAGUGGCACCAUCUGUGCACGCGUGAGCAUUCCGUCCAGUGGACGAGUGCGUGGGAUACUGAGAAACAAAAUCCCACAAGACGAUAUUGUUCGCGUGGCGAUAUUGUUGCGAAUCCAGAGCUGUGUUGGUUA